AUGGAAGCUAAUACAUCUAACACUACUAGAAUGGGUCCUAGCAAUGUAACAUAGUAAAUCACAUCAAAACCAGAGUCUCCUUCAUCAUAAUCAUUAUUUGAUGAAGAGAAUGAAGUUAUAAAUAGAAAUAUGAUUAAGGACAAAAUGCAAGAAGUUUUUGGUUAAAGUCGUAAAGUAAAAUUAUGAAUUUUUUAAAUUAGUCUGAUUAUUUAAAGCAUGCAAUAUUUUUAACAAAUAGAUCCUUGAGAAUGACUGAAAGAUCUAAAUCAUCAUAAUUUGUAAUAAAUUUUAGGAAACAAUACUUUAUACAUCGAUUCAUAAACAAUCUAUUUACAAAUCUUUAUUUCAUGAAAUAGGAUUAAAAGCUAAGAAUAAAUUAAGCUUUAGAUGAAAAACCAGCUUAAUAAUUUGCUAAAAAUAGCUGUAAAUAAAUAACAUAAUAUAUUUUACAGCUGAAGAUAGUAAAGAAAAUAAAUGGAUAUUUCUACCAUCAACACAUUUCAUUAUGUUUUGGGAUAUUUUGGGACUUUUAUUUCAUCUUAUAAUGCUUUGGAUCAGUCCAUUUUUAUGUUCUUUUCAAGAUUAUAAUAAUAGUAUAAUGUAAUAUUUAUAGUCAAUAAUAUUAAUUUAUUUGAUUUGUGACUUUUUAGUAAUAUUUAAUAGAGCUAUAAUUAUAGAAGCAGUAAUAGUAUAUAAAAGAAAGGAUUUUAUUAAAAAUUAUUUAUAAUCUAAUGCUAUUUUUGAUUUUUUUAAUUUGGGUAUAUGGAUAGGAUUAAAAUACUAAUUUUAUUAAUUUUAUUACUUACAAGAGUUUCUAAAUAUAUUUUAAGUGUUUUUGAUAUAUAAAAAAAUUUAAAGAUAUAUAACAGAGUAUUUCUAAUAAAUAUAUUGUCGAGGAAAUCAAAGUUUUACAAUAGAUUUAAUAUCUUUAAUAAUUUAAAUUUAUUAUUUUGCUCAUAUUAUAGCAUGUAUUUGGCAUUAUGUUGGAUAAUAAACUGAAAAUUUAGGAAAUUCAUGGUUAAUAGAUAAUCAUUUAGAAGAUAAAUCUAUUUGGAGUAAAUAUAAUGCUGCUUUUUAUUGGGCAACAAUGACUAUGACUACAGUUGGAUAUGGUGAUGUAGUUGCUAGAAAUGAAAUUGAAAUGAUUGUUUCAUCUAUUGUUAUGUUUCUUUCUAGUUGUGCAUUUGCUUAUACAAUGAGUUCUAUAGGGAUUAUUUUAAAGAAUAUUUAUGAUACAUAAUUAACUUAUAAGUAAUUAUUUUUUAAUUGAUUAUUUAUAGAAAGAAUUUAAUUUAAAUUACACAAUUUAUGUUAAAAAAUAAUGUAGAUGAAUAAAUACAAGGAAGAAUCAGAAAUUAUUUAAAUUCUUAACUUUAUUAAGAGAAAAAAGAGAAUAUGGAUGAUGUAAACAAUAUAUUGAAUUCACUUCCAUUUAAUUUACAAUAAGAUUUAAAUGCUGAUAUCUAAGCUAGAGUAAUUAAAUAAAUUAAAUUAAUUAUAAAUCAUUUUUCUAAAUCAACUUAAAUCUAAGUUGCUAAGAAUCUAUAAUUAAUUUCAUUACUUGCUGGAGAUGUAGUAUAUAAAUAAGGUGAUCUUUAGGAGGAUAAUCUGUAACAAACAUCAUUUUUAUUUAAGAUAUUUUAUACAUAAGGGUGAAGUUAAAUAAACAGAGAUCCAAACCAAAACAACACUUAAAACAUUAUAAAAAAAUUAAUAUCUUGGAAUAUAUUCUUUUUUUACAGGUUUUUGUCCCAAAGAGACUGCCAUUUGUAAUAGUCCAACUUAAUUAUAUAAAAUAAAUAGAAAAAAAUUCUUAGAAAUUAUACGAAGCAACCAAAAGGAUCAUGAUAUUUUUCAUCAUAUCAAAGACAAAAUUAUAUUUACAAAUAACUUAGUGUUAUUUGAUCAUAAAUGUAAUUUUUGUAAUAGAUCUUUUCAUUUAGAAAUUGAUUGUCCAUUAAUCUAAUAUAAACCAGAUUUAGAAUUAAUUUUGAAAAAAGAAAACUUUGCUGAAAAACAUAAUUAUAGAAUUAAGAAGAAAAGAAAAGAUAAUAGAAAUAAUACUUUUGGAUAUUUAAAUAAAUUAAUUUAAACUCUUAAUUAAUUUUAAGAAGAUUAAUAGAUAUAACUUUUAGGUAUGAAUGAAAACAAUUAAAAUGAAAUCCCAUAAUAAAGAACUUGUUUAUCAGAAGUUGUUUAUCAAAAUUCAGCAUAAAUGAUAACUUAAAAUAUUUAAAAUCUUAGUGGUAUUAGUGAUGAAGAAUAACAUUCUGAUUAUUAACAUACUCCAUAAUAAUAAUCAAAAUAAAUUACUUAAUAAUAAUUUGUCAAAACUCAACAUAGUAUUCUUUUAUAUUUAUUCUUUUUAAGGGUCUUCAAUAUCAAAAUUAAAAAUUGGGAAAAUUGAAUAUAAGACAUCCAAAAGUAAUUUUGCUCCUAUUACAGAUCAUUUAAAUAGAUCAUUUAGUAUUCUUGAUGAAGUCAAACAUAUUUUUAAUUAUUAAAAUGCUUUUAAUUUAGACAAAGUUAACUUUAUGAGUAUUUCAUAUAUGCCUCAAUACUCUUUAGAGUCUCAAGUUAAACAAAUGGCUAAAACUAUGAAAAGAAAAAACUAAAGACUUUAAAGAAUAUAUGAUAGAUUUGAAAAAUACACUUUCUAUCAUAGAGUAAAACAAUUAUCGCUUAAAUUAAGAGUGUAUUACAAAAGAAGUAAUAAAUUCACUUUAUAAUGAAUUGAAUAAUUUUAUAAUAAUAUAAAUAUAAAAUGUAAGGUUAACCAAUCCCAUUCAUUGACUUAAAGGAAAUUUAAACUUAAGAAGGAAUGGAAACUAUUUUUGAAAUUCAUCCUUAGGCAAUUAAGAUGUUAUAAUCAAUUGCUGAUAGAAAAGUAUUAGUAUUUAAUGGAAUAUUUAGGUAGCUGUUCUUACAAUUGCAGGUCCAUAAAGAACUGGAAAGUCCUUUUUAGCUAAUAGAGUAUUAAAGAGAUAAAAGGGAUUUGCUGUUGGACCUACAACUAUGCCAUGUACUAAAGGUAUUUGGUUAUGGAGCUAACCAAUUCCAUUAAAUGAAAAUACUUCAAUCUUAUUAAUGGAUACAGAAGGAUUAAACUCAGUUUAAAGAGACUUGGGAGUUGACACUAAAAUAUUCUCAAUAUCUUUAUUGCUAUCUUCAAUGUUUGUAUUUAAUCAAUUGGGUCAUAUUGAUGAAUAAUCAAUAGAAAAUCUCUCUCUUGUUAUUAAAUUAAGUGAGAACAUUAGUGUAGGAUCUGAGGAUAAAAGUUUGAGUUAGUUUUUUCCAACAUUCCUUUGGGUAUUGAGAGAUUUCUCUCUAGAUUUAAGAGGACGUACUCCAAGUGAAUAUUUGGAAUUUGCACUUUAAGAUCAAUCUAAUCCAGGUCCUGAUGGAGAAAGAAAAAAUCUUAUUAGAAGAAAGAUUAGAGAGUAUUUUAAAUUUAGAGAUUGUAUUUGUAUGGUGAGACCCAUUUAAGAUGAAAAAAGACUUGCAAGAGUUGAAGAAGAAGAUUGGAAUGCUUUAAGACCAGAAUUCAUAUCAGCUGUAUAUGAUUUUGAGAGAAGAGUUUUUAAGAAUAUUCCACCAAAAUAAAUUAAUGGUACUACUUUAACUGCAGAAAUGUUUUUGAAACUUUCUCUUGAAUAUAUUGAUGCUAUUAAUUCUGGAGGAAUACCUUAAAUUUUAACUAGUUUAGAUAGAGUUAUACAAUAAGAAGCAAGAAAUCUACUUGAAGAACUUAAAAGUCUAUACUUUAAAAAGUAUUAAGAGGCAUUGUCUAAAAUGAAGGCUCCAUUUGAAGAUGAGGAAUUAAUUUAAUUAAAAAAACAAAUUGAAACUGAAAUAUUUUAAAGGUUAGAUUAAAAAUCUAAGGAAAUAAUUGAUAAUUCUAAAAUUGCUAGUAUGAAAACAGAAUUACAUGAAAUGAUGUCUUAGGAUUUAUAAACUAGAUUAGAAAUAAAUAAAGAAUAAUCUACUACAGUAGCUAAUUAAAUUUUAUAGAAAUUUUUUAAUACUUUUCAAGUUCCAGUUUUAGAUAAUGUUGAUAGCAUUAAACCUUCACUAUUAGUAGAGUAAUUUCAAACUUAUAGUCGUUUUUUUAAAUAUUAUAUGGAAAAUGUUAAAGGCAAUUCUAAAUAUAAACAUUUUUCUGAAAAAGUACCUUCAUUUCUAUUUAGUUAUUUUGAAAAACUUAUAUUAAAUGUUUAAAAAGUCUAUAUAGAAGAAAAUAAUUAAACUAAAAAAUAUCUAGUUUAAGCUAGAGAAGGUGAAGAAAGAUUGAGGAAAACUAUUGCAAAUUAAGAAAGCUUAUUAUAUGAAAUAUAAAAGGAAAGAGAUUAAUUAAAAUAUGAAAUUGAAAAUUGGACUAGAGAGACAAAUAAAUAAGAAAAAAUUAAAAGUCUUGAAUUAGAAGCAUGUUAAGCUAAAGUAAUGUCAUUAAAUUAAGAAUUGUAAAAUAAAAAAGAAAAAAAUCAAAAAUUGAAAUAAGAUGUUUAAAAUUUAUAAGAGUAACUUUAAAGAGUAAGAAAUGAACUUAAUGGAAAAAGAGUUGAAUGUUAACAAUUAUUAAAACGAAUGAAUGAUGAUAAUUAAUCAUACAGAGAACCAGGAGAAGAUGUAUAUAAAUAUCUUUAUUAUUAUUAGAUAUCAAAUGAUUUAGUUUUAUAAUAUAAGGAUAUGAAAUAAUAAGCUCAUUAAAUGAAUGAUUUCUUUAAAAGAAGAGCUAUGGAUCAUUCACAACAAAGUAUUUUCCUCUAAGAAAUUUCUAAAUUAUAAUAAGACAAGUUUAAUGAAAUAAUAAAACUUAGAGAAGAUUAUAAAUAAAAAAAAUAAAAAAUGAAAGAAGAUUUAGAGCAAGAAAAGUAUUUAUAUUUUGUAUUUAGAAAAUCUUUGAAGAAUAAUUUAGAACAUUUUAUUAAACAAAAUGAAGAACUAAAAGCUAAAAAUAUUACCUAUUAUGAAAAAUUUGAAUAAGCCCAAAAAAAUUAGUAACAUCUUAAGGUAUUUAUUAAAUCUUAUUAUGGAUAGUAAAUUUAAUAAGAAAACCAAAGAUUAUCUUAAAGAUUGGAAGAAAAAUCAGAAAAUUUAGAUAUGCAUAUCUAAGUCAUUGAAAACUUUACUAAAGACAUUGAAAAAUUGACUAGUAUAAGGGAAGAUCUUGAAUAAAAACUUGCAUUCAUGAAUUCUGAAAAAAGUUAAUUGAUUUCAUUUAAAGAGAGCUUUCCAUAUAUACUAAAAGGUAAUAUUCUAAGUAUUUAUAUUAUUAGAGGCUUUAAAAUGGGUAUUAAAAUAAAAUUCAAAAAUAAAACAUGCCAUGAAAUCAGUUGGUGAAGAAGAGUAAAAGAUAAUUCGCGAUUGUUUUCAUGAAGUUGGAAUAAAUGUGUGA